UCUUCUCUCUUGUUUCUUUAAACUACUAGAAGAAGCUCUCUCUAGCUAUUAAUCUAACUCUCACACCCUUCAAUGCAAACUCACAUAUAAAAAUCCAUAAACCCCUUUACUUCAUUUUCUUCUUCUUCACAGUUUUUGAACCUCAAAACUUAGUCAAACUUUAGAGGCUCUUUAUAUUUCUAUAUUAAGACCAUACAAGUUCAUUAGUUUCUAUUUGUAUAUGAUGAGUGCUUCAAAGUUUAUUAAAUGUGUCACUGUUGGAGAUGGUGCUGUUGGAAAAACUUGCAUGCUCAUUUGCUACACUAGCAACAAGUUUCCCACUGAUUAUAUACCAACAGUAUUUGAUAAUUUUAGUGCAAAUGUAUCUGUGGAUGGAAGUAUUGUGAAUUUGGGUUUAUGGGAUACUGCAGGCCAAGAAGACUAUAGUAGGUUGAGACCAUUGAGCUAUAGAGGAGCUGAUAUAUUUGUCCUAGCAUUCUCAUUGAUUAGUAGAGCUAGCUAUGAAAAUGUUCUUAAGAAGUGGAUGCCAGAAUUGCGUAGAUUUGCUCCUAAUGUUCCAAUCGUUCUUGUUGGUACAAAGUUGGAUCUUCGCGAAGAUCGUGGAUAUUUAGCUGAUCACAUGGGAUCUAAUGUUAUAACAUCUGCUGAGGGAGAAGAACUGAGGAAACAAAUUGGCGCCGCAGCUUACAUCGAGUGCAGCUCGAAGACUCAACAGAAUGUGAAAGCGGUUUUUGAUACUGCGAUUAAGGUUGUUCUUCAACCACCAAGGAGGAAAGAAAUGGCAAGGAAGAAAAGACAAAGAAGGUCUAGUUGCUCAUUUGUAGGUAUUGUGUGUGGAGGUUGUGCUGCUUAAUACACAUUAAUUGCAUCAUCACCUACUAUUGAUAUUAUGGAUGUUAUUUUGCUAAAGCUUCAAGGUCAAAUGUGGAAUUCUGACAUCUUGUGUAAGAUAGUAUUUCUAGCUAUUUUCAGUUAACAAGGACCCUAUUGGAUUAUUAAGGGAAUUUUUCAUUCUCUUAGUUGUUUUGUUACUAGCCAUGUUUUGUAGUAUUAUUUUAUAUAUUACCAAUUCAUUAUGCCAUGAGAAUUGUUAUUUUUUCCUUGAAA